AUGCCUGAACUGGUUUCCAAGGGCAUUGCGCCUAAAAAAGGGCCGAAGAAAGCGGCCACUAAAAAGCGAGUGAAAGGCGAAAAGAAGCGUAGAAAGAUAAGGAAGCAGAGCUACAGUAUCUACAUCUACAAAGUGCUGAAGCAGGUUCACCCGGACACGGGUAUCUCUUCCUCGGCAAUGAGUGUCAUCAACUCGUUCGUCAACGACAUCUUCGAGCGCAUCGCCUCCGAGGCUUCCCGCCUGAUCCGUUACAGCAAACGGCAGACCAUCUCAUCCCGGGAGAUCCAGACCACCGUGCGCCUGCUGCUGCCCGGGGAACUGGCUAAGCACGCCGUCUCUGAAGGGACAAAAGCAGUCACCAAAUACACCAGCUGCAAAUAA